UUCUGUGACGUCCUGUGCUCCGACUUCUGAUUGCCCGUCUCAGACGUCAAUAACGGAGCGUGUGUCUUGCUGGGACACAGUGAAGGUCUAACCUGUGGUUUGCGGAGCGGUCGGGUGUAUUCUCCGUUCGCCCCCACGCCCUCGAGGCCCCCGCCUCGACCUACUGGCGGAGCCCGCCAGUGGUUCCUGCGGCGCCCUCCCGCACCGGAUCGCUCCUCGCUGGGGCGGGACCUGUCCCGACGGCUCCGGUCGCUAUGAUUUCUUCCCGGCAGAGCCCCGCCUCUGGGUUGGAGCGGACCGACUCCUUCCGAGCUGCAGUGUGGACUGUGACCGGUAGGUGGCGCCUCUGCCGGAGGUUCUCACUUGUUUCUGGCUUGUCGCACAGCGCUCGGGGCGAGCUGGACGGUCAGGAAUUGUUGGCAAACAAAAGAACGAAUGAAUGAGGCAGGAAGGACAGGAGACGAGGGGACACCUCAUGCUCCAGCAUGAAGGCUUACUAGGUUUGAGGGGCGAUGCUCUAAAAUGAACCCAGCCGGAAGUUAUUGGAUGGGGCGGACCCCGACUCCCUUGUCCAGGGAACAGGGCAUCCAGGAUGCUGGGAGCGUCCUCACGCGUGCCUUUUGUGGGAAGAGUGAAACAUCUUUCGACCUAAUAUCAGAAAAAUGUGACAUUCUGUCAAUUCUUCGGGAUCAUCCUGAAAACAGGAUUUACCAGAGGAAAAUCCAGGAACUCAGCAAGAGGUUCACUGAGAUCCGCAAGACCAAGGGGGACGGCAACUGCUUCUACCGGGCCUUGGGCUAUUCCUACCUGGAGUCUCUGCUGGGGAAGAGCAGGGACGUCCUCAGGUUCAAAGAGCGCGUCCUGCAGACCCCAAGUGACCUUCUGGCUGCCAGUUUUGAAGAGCACAAGUUCCGAAACUUCUUUAAUGCUUUUUACAGCGUGGUGGAACUCGUAGAGAAGGACGGCUCGGUGUCCAGCCUGCUGAAGGUGUUCAAUGACCAGAGCACCUCCGACCGAAUCGUGCAGUUUUUGCGCCUGCUCACCUCGGCCUUCAUCAAGAACCGCGCAGACUUCUUCCGACACUUCAUCGAUGAGGAGACGGACAUCGAGGACUUCUGCACUCACGAAGUGGAGCCCAUGGCCAUGGAGUGUGACCACAUCCAGAUCACAGCCCUGUCUCAGGCACUGAACAUCGCCCUACAGGUGGAGUAUGUGGACGAGAUGGACACGGCCCUGAACCACCACGUGUUCCCCGAGGCUGCCACCCCUUCCGUUUACCUGCUCUAUAAAACAUCCCACUACAACAUCCUUUAUGCAGCCGAUAAACGUGAAUUACUUUUAGGACACGCAGUGGAGCCUGCCACCUAACGGGACUACAUUCCAAAUGGAACAUUCUGACUUUGCAGUUUUUUAAAGCAACUUAGACUACAGUUAGAAAACGUACAGCCUUUUGGGCCAAGUGGCCGGCAAUGUGGCCCACCCGUCACGGACUGUGGUAACUUGGUGAUAUUCUUAGUAUUUGUUUUCAUGGAGGAUCAAAUGCUUUCUAACUCAGGGCUACGAAGCCAGAAUCCCUGGCUCUGCUCUCAGGUCCCUGAGACCCUGGGGAGGUCACCUCCCCUCUCUGGGCCUGUUUCUUCAUCUGGACAAGGAUGCUGCCAGUGCUGACAUUCUGUUGUGUAAAAAGAGGGUCCUCUGGUGUCCUUUUCACCAGGGGUAGUACCUCUCUGUUGGGAGGAAAAGCUCAAGAUCGGCCGUCCUCGGUGACUUACCAGUUCCACAAAAAAGAAUCCAGUCCAGUCAGCUGUUGGACUGGACUGUGGUGG